AUGAAGACCAACAAACAAAACCCUUCUCGUGAUUUGGCUCUUAUUAACGUCGUGAGUCUGGUCAAAGCGUUGUUCGAUAGGUACAGUGAGGACAUGUACUAUUCAGCUAAUCGGGAAUUCGGCAGUACUGAAUAUAUUGCUCGAAAGAAGAUUGCUUUGAACAUGACGGCUAUUCUCGAUGUUGACUUGGAUUCUCUUGGGGCGCGUCGUCUGCUUGGAAAGGUCGUAAAACGUCGCGGCGAUCAGGCUAUUGUUGAGGUGCAUGAACUUGUUCCCAGGCCAGCCUUCGUGAUUCACGAUGACAGUAGCCUCAUUUCUGUCUAUCAAGCUGACGAAGGUGGUAAUCUCCACACCAAGAAAACGGAAGAAAUCUUGGACUUGCUGAAGUAUAAACUGACUGUGGUGGAAUUACUUGACAUGUCUCAGGAAACUGAGAUUGACACUGUCAAGUAUUCUCUUAUCAACAAGUGCAAGUUAGGUACUUUCUGGUGGCUCCAUAACACUAAUCGUUAUUUCAAAAUGUUAGAAAAUGAAAGAAACUAA